AUGCUGUCCACACUAGCCGCACCGGGGUUUGGGUCUUCGGAGCCUCAAGCGGCAGACUCGAGCAACGUCCCGUAUGACAACCACGGCGAUGAUCGGUCUAGCAGCUUGAGCGAGCUUGGGGACGCUUCUGACGACCAGGAUGAGCCUUCGCCGCGACCGGCUGCAGCUUUGGACAUUGGAGAGAAUGACUCGGAAGCAGAAACGGAGCGCUUGGACAACACGCCCCAGAAGACAACGCGCACAGCCGCGGAUUCCGAUUUCACGUACCAAAAAUCACCGAGUAAGCUCGUGCAUUCGAAAACGAUCGAUCAAAACGAAAACGCACCCUUUGACGAGACCGGUGAUACGAGGCUUGGCAAACCAAUCGACGGCAAUGCCGCUCUCCAUGCACUGUCUCUCGCAGCUUCAUCGGAAGCAGCCAGCUUCACAGAUGGUAUGGGGAAGAAAAGAAAACGUUCGAGCGAAGAGGCCAGCACCCCAGAGGAGCAGGUCGACGAGCCUGCUAGAAAGCGAAGCGGAACUGCCAAAGACUCCGUUCAGCAUGAGAGCCAAAGUGACGUAGUCGACAGCUCGGAGCAAGUAGAUGCGGAGGAAGAGUUGGAAACUGCCGAAGAGCGCAUCUCGCAACUGGCGCAAGAAGAAAUCGAGCUUGAAGAACGCCAAGCCGAUAUUGCAGCGGAGGCCGUCACAGAACUAGCCACAGUCGCGAAACACACAAAACCACGGAAAGGAGGCAGGAGAGGAAAGCGAAAGCCAGAGGACAUAUCGCAUACUCAAGACGCUUUAGCGAGCAUCGAGGGUCCAGAAGGCGAAGGAGAUGGUGACGACGAGGAAGACGACAGUGGAGUCGUGGAUGAAGAGGUCGCCAAGAAGAAGCAUGCGAUCGAAGAGCUCGGCAGAAUCCAGAAAAAAUUCAAGAUAUUCCGCGAAAAGUUAUGCGAUGAACAAAUAGCCCAAUGCGAACUGGAGCUGGAGAUGCUAAAGCAGCCUAAUUGCGAGCACCCUGAAUACAUAUCUAUGAUAAAGGCUGUUGACGACCGGCGAGCUGAUAAGAUCGCAUACGAAAGACAACUGUUGCAAUAUAAGCAGAAGAACCUCGAGAUCAUAACGACGGCAGAACGACAUCAACUGCAUAGUCAAUACUUCCAAACUGUCCGAGACAAGCGCGAGGACAUACUUUCUCUAUGCAACCAGAAAAUUUACGAGCUGCAGCGAGGACGUCGACAGCUGGGAGUCGAUGAAGUCGAAUACACGAUGAAGUUGCCCGAGAAGCGAUCGGAUCAAAUCCGACAUCAGACUGCUUACAACUUGGAAGUUUCUAUCCUCUCUGGCAUUGCCAAGUAUGUCGGUUUCCCCGCCGCACCAGAGAUCAGACCCGCACGAGCAUCUGAGAUUGAAGAUGAUUUGCGAGCCAUGAAGGCCAAAGACGGACGGAAGCACCAAAUGGGUCAGCCUCCACGAUCGAAGCACACUCAAACCCGCCCUCAAGCGGCCUCCAGAACAACCAUGGCCGCAUCGGACAGUCAGAGUCCCCUGUAUUACAAAUGA